CCCAAGGUGAACCUACCCGGUGUGGUUCUAUCCUAAGCAUAGCUUAGGGAUGCUUUGACAAGCUGGAAGAGAUAUGAUUGAUGACCAGGACGUUUUGACGGAGGAGACUCCUGAUGGGGAAUCCAAGGACACCCCUGAAAGACCCAAAUGGGACAACAAGGUCCAGUAUCUGCUCACUUGCAUCGGUUUCGCUGUUGGGCUCGGGAAUGUUUGGAGGUUCCCGUACCUGUGCCAGGUGUAUGGUGGAGGGGCCUUCCUGAUCCCCUACCUGAUCUCCUUGGUGGUGGAGGGUCUUCCUCUGCUCCACAUGGAGCUGGCCAUCGGUCAGAGGCUCCGCAUGGGCAGCAUCGGCGUGUGGAGCUCCAUGUCGCCGUACCUCGGGGGAGUAGGUGUGGCCUCCAUGCUGGUGUCCUUGCUGGUGGGGCUGUUCUACAACACCAUCAUCGCCUGGGUCCUCUGGUACUUCUUCCACUGCUUCCAGAGUCCACUUCCCUGGAGCCAGUGUCCCGUCAACGCCAACCACACCGGGUAUGUGAGCGAGUGUGAGCUGAGCACUCCAGUGAACUACUUCUGGUACCGGAGAACGCUCAACAUAACGCCCGACAUCGAGGCCAGCGGGUCCUUGCAGUGGUGGCUUGUGCUGUGUCUGGCCACGGCCUGGUGCCUUGUCUACAUCUGCUUCAUCCGGGGAAUUGAAACCAUUGGGAAGGCUAUUUAUGUGACCGCCACAUUCCCGUACCUGGUGUUGACCAUCUUCCUGGUGCGAGCGCUGACCCUCCCCGGGGCUCUGGACGGACUGGUCUACCUCUUCACCCCCAACUGGGAAACGCUGAAGAAUCCUAAAGUGUGGCUGGACGCCGCCACGCAGAUCUUCUUCUCUCUGUCUCUGGCUUUCGGGGGCCUCAUCGCCUUCUCUAGCUAUAAUCCUCAAAAAAACAAUUGUGAAAGGGACGCCCUGAUCGUAGGGUGUGUCAACAGCUUCACGUCGGUUUACGCUGCUAUUCCGAUCUUUGCCAUCCUUGGCUUCAAAGCCAACGCCGACUACAAUGACUGCCGUAAUGAGAACAUAUUGACGUUAACAAAUGCAUUUAGCAUCAGUGAUGAAAACAUAACCCUCCAAAACUACGGUGAAUGGUUGAGUCAUCUCAACGCUUCGGAUCCCACUGAGGUGGCGAGCCUGAACCUGAAGACCUGCAAUCUUCAAACUUACCUUGAACAGAGUGCCUCUGGAACAGGGCUGGCCUUCAUCGUGUUCACCGAGGCGGUGAUAGAGAUGCCAGGCUCCCAGCUCUGGGCCGCCCUCUUCUUCAUCAUGCUCUUCUGCCUGGGCCUCUCCUCCAUGUUCGGCAUGCUGGAGGGAAUCCUCACCCCACUGCUAGACCUCCACCUAGUCCCAGCCUGGGUUCCUAAAGAGAUGCUCACUGGUCUGAUAUGUUUGUUCAGUUUUACUGCGGCCCUGAUCUUCACCUUGGGCUCGGGGAACUACUGGUUGGAGAUCUUCAACACCUACGUAGGGUCGCUGCCCCUGCUCAUCAUAGCCUUCUUCGAGAUGACGGCUGUGACAUACGUCUAUGGGAUUAAAAGGUUCAGUGAUGAUAUUGAAUGGAUGACCGGACGCAGGCCCAACCUCUACUGGCAGGUCACCUGGAGGCUGCUCAGCCCCCUGAUGCUGCUCAUGGUGUUUCUGGCCUACAUCGUGAUCGAGGCUGAGACCACGCCCACCUACAACGCCUGGAACCCAGACUUUGUGGACUUCCCCCUGUUCGACGUCCAGCCCUACCCUGGCUGGGUGUACGCUAUCACCGUCCUCCUGUCAACCAUUCCCAUCAUCUCCAUACCCCUGGUCGCCUCCUAUACAUUACUGGGCUUCCUGAGAAAGCGAUUUAUGGACCGACACAAUAUCAACCCAUAUGCUAAUUGAUAUCCCCACUCCUCCAUUUACAUAUUUUGAUUCAUACAUUUUCUUCCUUCAAUCUUGAGUGGUCGUUUUUUCAAAUCAAACCCCUCUCAAACUGAUUAGACAUAGUGCCCGCUUAUGUCAGUACAAGUCAAGUAUACAAAUUGUAUGGUAAGCUUUGAAUUAUUGAUCAGUUGAUCAUGUUUUACAUCCAUUUGUUUACCCUAUGAGCUAUGACAUAUUUACAUUCAAACAAUUGAAUUGGAUGAUGCUUUAUUGAUCUUGUGUGUUUGCAAACUUAAGACAACUCAGCCCGCUACCCUUUAGCCUUUAUAUUUUCCUCUUAACUUGGCGUUUUUUUCUAAAUCAAUUUAAAUAACCAAGAUGUG